CCAAAAGAUGUCGACAGAGGAAGUAACUCGUUGUUGACUCGUCUCGCGCGGCAAGGGAAAUCCCUAGGAUCAGAGUGGUCAGCGUGGAACGAGUCAAGAUGUCGAGCGAGGAGGAGCCAAGGGCGGCCAGGGAACCGAGAGAAACCACCGAGGAGGAUCUGCGAGUCUUUGAAACUCUGUCUAUAUCGUCGCCUCGAAAGGUCUCUUCCGAAGACGCGAUGACCCACGACCUGACGACCACGCUGAGGAGCGAACUGGCAGCCCUCGAGUACAAGCGCGACAGGCUUACUUCCGAGCUCCAGGAGAUGAAGAUCGCGGUGAGAUCGAGGGACCAACGGGUCGUGGAGCUGCAGCUGGAGGCCGAGCAGCUUCGCGAGCAAGCGGUCAGACAGAACGCCAUAGUCUCGAGUCUAAAAAAACGUAUACAGGAGCUGGAGGAACGCGAGAGGAAUCUUUACGCGAGCCAGGGCAGAAACGAGACCACGAUACAGGGUUUGCAGCGGGAUCUCAAGUACCACGAGGAGAAGAUACGCGAGUGCGAGAAGAAAACUCGCCAGCUAGAGCAGAACGUGUCCGAGGAGAUCCAGCAAAGGGAACGCGCCCGUUCGAAUCUCCAGGAGUGCACGCGAAAAUUGGCUCACGCGUUGAACGUCGACUAUUGCGAGACCGUGCAUCCUGGCCCCGAGAUCGUGAUUCACAAGGCCGAGGAGCUGGUGCAGGAGGCGAAUCGUCUACGAUCGAAGAGCACGAACCUCGAGGCCCAACUGACCGUCGUCGAGGCGGAUUUUCGAAGCUGUCGGGACGCCCUGGAUCGUUCCGUCGCUGAGAAGGAACAGCUACAGCGACAAGUGUCCACGCAAUCGAUCGACUUGGAUCGUUUGAAACAGGACAAAGAAUGCCUCGAGAUGCAGUACAGAGUCGCGGAAAGGGAGACCAGCGAUCUGAGGGACAAGCUGCUGAAUGCGAACAGGAACAUAAGCAGUGCUAGCGGAAACAUAUCGAGCCAAGAGACGCUCAUCUGCCAAUUGCGAGACGAUCUGAAGCACCGCGAGGAGAAGAUGCAGCGGAUGCAGAACGAAUCGCGUCACUUUCUCGAAUCCUUGGCGAUACUCGUCGGCGGCCCCAACAGAUACGUCGAGUCGCACGAAAACGCCAUCAAGGAUCGCAUCAGAGAGAUCUUGGCCGAGUCCAAGGAUCAGGCUAUCAAUGUUCAAAGUCUCCGAGAGAAAGUGAGCGCAGCGACGGAGUCGACGAAUCGACAGAGCGAACUGAUCGAUACCACGGUAUCGAAGAUGAGAAACUUGGAAAACGAACGAUCGAACCUGGAGGGCAGAGUUCACAAGUUGGAGUCCGAGCUCACCAGUUGCGAGCUGUCGAAGGAGUCCUUGCGCCGAGACAAGCAGACGUUCGUCGCGUUCUUGGAUCGGCUUGGAAAGGUGAUGCAGAUGGACGAGAUCUCCGAAGAGAUGGGCCUGGAUCUUCAAACGGAGUCGCUUUUGGUGCGAGCCGAGCAGUUGGCCCGAUUGGAGACCGACAAGCUGGUGGACAAGUAUUCGUUCCACGAGUACACCACCUUGCCGAGGAUUCGACGCGAGCGGUCCUUCCACGAGCUUUCUUCUAUGAAAGAAACCUCGGUGGUGUAUCAAUUGCAACGUCGCGUGAGGACGCUGCGGGAACAGUUGCAGCGCAGAGAUCUUCAUCUCGAUCUUCUUCGUCGAAAGCUGUCGCUGCAAGAAGAUAGCGUCAGAAUGAAGUCGUUGCUGCAAACCGAAAGGGACGAGGCGAAUCUUCGGGCGAAGAAGCUGUCGAAGCAGCUGGAUCGGUUGCAGGUUCAGCUUUCGGAGGAGAAGUCGCGAAACCGCGAACUGAGCGCGCAACUGACGGAGGCAGCCGAUUACAAGGGGCGUAAAAUAGCCGCUUUGGAGCGCAGCCGCAAGAUCGAGGAGCUGCAGAAACGUCUGGUCGAGAGCGAGAUGCUGAGAACGCGGUGCAACAGAAAGCUGGCCAUGUUGAAGGAGCAGAUGAGAAGCACCACGGAAACCGCCGAGCAAGAGAGAUCCAUAAACGAUCAUUCGUUGCAGCUUAUCAGAGGGGAGCUCGCCCAGGUCAAGCAGAACCUUUCCGAGAUCACCAAACGAGAGUCUCAACUGCAAAGCUUCCGUGUCUCCGUGGUGAAAUUAUUGUCGGAGCCAAUUUGCACGCCCGAUUACGAGAUAAUUUCGAGACUGCAGAAAAUGGUGGCGGCGCAUCGCGAUUUCACGAUGCUAUCGCGCAGAUACGACGAGCCCUUGGAGGCCAGUCCCUCCAGAUGCACCAGCGUCCAUCCGGUUCAUCCUCCCAGGUCGCCAGGAUCACGGUGCACCCGGUACGAGGACAGCGGUUUCGCGGAUCCGCCGGAUCUCCACGACAUCGAAGACGAAUAUAACAAACGACCCAUUCGGAGCAGCCUUCUUCCGUGACAUCGGCCAAGGUUUAAAUUCUAGACGCGCUGAUUCCACGGGAAACAUCCGAUCGAGGAUGCUGAAAAAACCGAAGUCUUUGCACCGACCAAGUAUUGGAGAGUUUGUAAAUAUGUAUUUGUCAGUCUGCCAGACAGCCGUUACGAAGGUAUUAAAAAUCCAAGAAACAGGAAUUAUUCAAAAGGAAAGUAAUACUUGGACUUUCACAGAACCUCAUACAUAUUUAUAUUUAAGAACUGAUUACUACAUUUUCCUCGGACAUUUCGACCUCCAUUUUUUUUAGGU